AUGAAGUGGUUUGAUACCUUGUUGCUAGCAAUCUGGCUGGUUCCAUUUUGGAGCACCUUAGUCCACGCUCAAGCGGCCGGCCUCGAACUACUACCUACGUGCCUUUUGCAAUGUGCGGACAGUACUCCCCAGAUCGCAAAAUGCAUGGCGAAACUGGAUGUAUGCGGCGAAGAGUGCCGUAUCGCCAUUCAGGACCCCGUAAUGCAGAUGUGCCUUGCAACGGCAUGCACACGCUCGGAGAUACUCACCGCCCUCGACGCACAAUCGGUCAUAUGCGAGGAUCCGGUCCGCGACAAGUCGAAGACAUAUCGAAUCUUCAUCAUCACAUUCUUUGGCGUCGCGAUUGCGGCGAUUUUCUUUCGUUAUUUGACACACUUCACUGUUGGACGCUCGAAUUGGCUGGACCAUACAAUAAUGGCAUUCAUCGUGCUACUUGAUGUCGGAUUCAUCACCGUGUGCAUUACAAUGUCAUACAUCGGACUCGGCAGGGACAUGUGGAAAGUGGAUCAGGACGAUAUCACUCCUACGCUCUUGUACUUUUGGUUCGGACAGAUGGCCUACGUCUUACUUAUUGGCUUAAUCAAGAUCUCGGUCUUACGCUUCUUUUUGCAUAUCUUUCCUAACAGGGGCUUCCGGUGGAUAGUAUGGAUAUGCAUUGUCUUCACUGUAGCAUUCUCGCUCGCAUUCGCUUUCCUGGCAUCGUUUGGAUGCGCGCCAGUCAGCUUUGCUUGGACACAAUGGGACGGCAUCCAUGAAGGCAAGUGCAUGAAUGUCAACAUGUUCGCAUAUAUACAUGCUGGGGUCGGCAUUGCUUUGGAUCUCUUCUCGCUAGCAUUGCCGGUGACACAGAUUUGGAAUCUGCAACUGUCAAUGCGGAAGAAGAUCGGCGUACUGAUGAUGUUCGGCGUGGGUGCUUUUGUCACUGUGGUCUCGAUUCUCCGGCUUAAGGCCCUGGUUCACUUUGCAAACACCCAAAACAUAACCUGGGAUUAUGUCGAGGCCAGCUUAUGGUCCAACAUAGAAGUCCAGGUUGGGAUCAUUUGCGCCUGCAUGCCAGCUAUUCGGCUGGGCCUUGUGAGGCUGUUCCCCAAAAUUAGGGGCAGCUCACGCGAAGCUUCGAAUCAGUCGUCUCGACGACGAGCAAAUUUCCCCUCUAUUUCCCCUCCUAUACAGGAGCGUAGUAGGAAUGAUAUCUCCGUGAAAACUAGCGUGCGCGUCACCAUCGCGAAAAAACCUUCUGUUAGUACCGAGGGCAGUUUCGUGAAAUUGGUCGACAUUGAGAGGUAUCCCCGGUCAAUGGACAGAAUAUAG